GAGAGCAAAUUGAAAUCGAACUCUUUGAUCAAUUUGUAUUAAGAAUAUAGGGAUACUCUUUUGUGAUAAUUUCUUUUACGUUGCACACAUGAAAAAUCGCGAUUUGGACUCUUUUUUUUAUAUCUACUCAAUCUACUGAAUACAUUGAUAGCACAAGUCAUCUAAUUGGGACAGACUGCAACUUUUGCUUCGUUGAAAAUAAAAAAGAAUGGUUUGGAACAAAUUUAAAUGAUGUAAGGAAGUUUAUUUUCCUAAUGCUAAUACUCGCUUUUUGCACAAGUACGGUGCGUCAAUGAUCAAAAGUUGAUUGCCCACAUUCUUACCCGUAAUUAUACUGAUGGUUUCUAUGGCAACGUGAAUGCCGCGAAUAAGAAAACAUAGGCAGUGUCGGUUGUGAAAGCCUGCCUCGACUACAUUCGACAGCGAAGGAGUUUCAGCUUUUUGUCGCGAAAAUGUCCUACCGUGAUUUACGCAAUUUCACGGAGAUGAUGAGGGUGCUGGGUUAUCCGAGGUUGAUUUCCCUCGCGAAUUUUCGCGUGCCGAAUUUUCCCCUGGUCGCGGAGAUUCUGGUUUGGCUGGUGAAACGAUUCGAUCCAGAUGUUGACAUACAUAGCGAUCAUGAUAAUGAGGACCAACGUGUGGCACUGAUACGUAGUGUCGCUGAAUUCAUGGCGUUGAAGACAAAUGUAAAGUUAAACACAAAGAAGUUGUAUCAAGCCGACGGUUAUGCGGUGAAGGAGAUGUUGAAGAUAGCCGCGCUGCUGUACGACGCGCAGAGCAGUAGCAACGCCGAGCAGAAUCAAUCGAGCAGUAAUCAGAACGCGGUGAAUUUCGACAUAUCCGAUAAAAUUAACGAGCUGAAAACAACUCGGCAGCUGGCGAGCCAGUUAACCAUCAACGGAGCGACCCUCUUCGACUUACUCGGCCGAGAAGUGGAACUUCGAGAGGUUCGCAAUACGAAAAUCGCGAGGCAAUUUGACACUUCGGAAAUAGAAGUGGCAUUAAAAGACGUCAUUGAAAACACGCGUAAAGAGAUCGACGAAACGAAGAAGCAGAUCGAUAAUGUCAGGGAUACAGAACAAAACUUGGACACGAGAAUUGAGAGACGGAAGACGGAGCUCGAUAGGAAUCAAAAGAGACUCCAUACGUUGAAGAAAGUUCGUCCAGCAUUCAUGGAGGAAUUCGAGAAGCUCGAAGUCGAGCUCAGAACUUUGUACGAUGACUAUUUACAGAAAUUCCGGUAUCUAGCAUAUCUCGAACACUUGUACGAAGACACGGCUAAGAUGGAACAAGAAAGAUUCGAAAGACGGCAAGCUGCAACGAAGAAACAACUGGAACAAAUGAGAGCUGAGGAUACGAACUUCGAAAGCAUGAUGGAAGGGAACGAUUCUAUAUUUGCCACGAAUCUUCAAGAGCCUCUAGUUACUCCUCUUACAAAUCCGGAGGCCACAGCGGUAGAAAAAUCUGGUCGAUCCGCCCGUGUCAAACCAAGCACUGGAAGAGCGUCAAAGAUGCAAUAUACCCAGCGGCGCAUUUACGGUAGCAUGUCUGGACGGCAAAGAGGUACGAUUCAGGAAUCGAAUGACAGUGAUGGCUCGCUGGAUAGCGAUAGCGAUUUAUUGAUCGACGGUGAUCUUGACGACGAUGACGACGAAGAUCUUCUAAAUUCCAUGGGUCCAACAGAUAUAGGCAAUUACAAUCUCAAAGCCGCUCAAGAAAAGCGAUCCGCCAGUAAGAUAGAAAGGCAUUCGGAUGAUGAUUUCUAAUGAGUAAGGUAAUCUCUGUCAAUUAGCCAGAUUAGUUUAAUAUAUUAAAUGUUAAUAUUGAAUAAAGAAAUAAACGAUAAUCAACAAAAUAAAUAAAAUUAUACCAAAAGUGACGUCUUUAUUGCCAUAAAGAAUAAGAAUUAUUAUUAAUAAUCAGACACUUUUCAAUUAAUUGAACUACAAUAAAAAUCAAUACAGAGCAAUAUCAAGUGUUUUGCGCGUUAAAAUUUUCUUAUUUUUGCACAAUAGUAUGAAGUGUAUAAUAAAACAGCAUUUUCGAUUUAAUGAUUUUUUCGAUAAAUACGUGACAUUUAACGGUCUUUUUCUGCAAUAUAAUUUUUUA